UGCAGCUCUCUUCCUCUUCUUCCCUUCAUGUGUCUUUGCCGCCUCCUCGUCCCGCAAAUUUUCUCUGCGCAUACCUUCUAAGUGCGGUUUUUUUGGAAUAAAAUCCACAGUGAAAGUGAAUAGGAACAAACAAAGAAGAAAAAUAUGCCUCGUACUACCACUUUGGAGUGCCCUGGUUGCCCUCCUCUUAGAGCUUUAACUUUUGACAUUCUUGGAUUAAUCAAAGUCAUUGAAGGUAAGGGUGAGCAAAAGGAAGCUCCUAAGGUGGUGGAGAGAUGGGGGGAGCCUGAUGCUUCCAGGUGUGUGCUUGCCACGUCAAUUGUUGACCGUGAAUUUGACCCUCUACUAGGUGUAGCAAGGAAAAAUGGCUCGAUUGACGUGCUUAGUCCUGUCAAUGGAGAUGUUCGUGCCUCCAUUUCAAAUGGAAGUCAAAAUGAAACAGGAUCUGAAGAUAAUUCUCUAGUUGGCUUACAUCUAUUUGGAAAAGAGAGAUUGGACUCAUCAUCGAGGUCAUGUACCCUGCUUACAUGCACAAGAAAAGGACAAGCAAGCAUGAAGUGUGUUAAAAUGUCAAAGUCACUUGAAGAUUCUGGUAGUGAAGGUACUCAAAGAGCAUGGAAUGUUUGUGGUUCAGGCAGUAUUUUGUGCUCUAAGGUAGAUGCAGAUGAAAACUAUGCAUUGUUUGGUGGGAAGGGUGUUGAGGUUAACGUCUGGGAUCUAAACCAAUGCGCUAAAGUUUGGACUGCGAAAUCUCCACCAAAAAAUAGCCUUGACAUAUUCACCCCAACUUGGUUUACAUCUGCAACUUUCUUGUGCAAAGAUGACCACCGCAAAUUUGUUGCAGGCACUAAUAGUCACCAGGUGCGUCUUUAUGAUAUUGCUGCUCAGAGAAGGCCUGUUAUUUCAUUUGAUUUUCGCGAGACCCCUAUUAAAGCUGUGGCUGAGGAUAUAGAUGGACAGACAAUAUACAUAGGAAACGGGUCAGGCGAUCUUGCUUCUAUUGAUAUACGCACAGGAAAACUUUUGGGAUCCUUCUUGGGGAAAUGUUCUGGAAGUAUAAGAUCUAUAGUUAGGCAUCCAGAGCUGCCGAUGAUAGCCUCAUGUGGAUUGGACAGCUACUUACGCAUUUGGGAUGUCAAGUCACGGCAACUUCUCUCUGCGGUUUUCUUGAAGCAGCAUCUUAGCAGUGUUGUUUUUGAUUCAAAAUUUUCUGCGAGAGAAGCUCAGGUACCUCCUCAGCAACAAGAUCCAGAUGAAACAUUACAGAUGGAAGAGGAGGAAGAGAAGCCGGUUAAAAGGAAGAAGGCAUCAAAAGAACACAGCGGAAGCAAGAAACCAAAGACCAAGAAAAAGAGUAAAAGGUCAAAAGGAGACAGUCGCGAUGCUGCUGCAUAAUCAGUUUGCUUCCUGGAAUCCCCAAAGUCUUGAUGACAUGUUACGCCACCAGUUAAGCUAAAGGACCGUAGCAUACACCAGAACGCGGUGAUUGUCCGUGAGAAUCCGUGACCUGGUUGCAUUUGUAUGUGCAAGUAGAAAGAACACACAAACUUGAGUGGGUGUUUGCUGAAUGUAAGCGCUGGCUUGUGUUUCAGGAGGGUUUUUUUGUGUUUUAUUUUUUCCGGAAAAAAAAGAGGCAGGCUGAAGUUAGUACCUGAUCAUCUUGUUUAGUCUUUGUAAUGCUAGAUUAUACAGAUGACGAAAUAUUAUGGAUUCCCAUUUCGAAAGGCAUUUUUGGAAGAGUUUUUCUAUUUUAUAAAGACAAUUGAGUUGGUUAAA